AUGACAACGAUUAAAACGGUUACCCGCAUCAACUUGAAUGACUUAAUGAUUGAUUGUCCGAGAUCUAGUUCAUCGUCACAGCUCAUAUAUGAUUCUUCAAGCCAACAUCCAUUGGAACGUAGAAGGAUCUUAGGGGCAUUAAGAGAGAGGACUAUAUUCAUUCAAAACAACAUUCCUCCACCAAUUUUACCAAAAACAAUUGUUACGCCAAAAAUACAGCCAGAAAUAACUUUUGAUGACAAAGCAGAGAUCAAAGAACUAGUAUCAAGGAUCAAUGACCACGUCAACCAUAUUUUGGCCGCCCAAGAAUGCUCUUUAGAAGACAAACUUUACGACAUUGACGCACAAACUCAGCGAAACCAAAUACUUCAAGAGGAGCUAGAAAACAGACUCAUUAAGAUACAGAGACAGCUUGCAUCUAUGAAGAGAGAAAGCCAGUCAAAAACUCAUCAAUACGUAACUCAAAGACCCGAAUUUACAUCUACAUAUUCAGCUACUCCAAAGCCAAUGAGAACGUAUCAGAACGAUGACUCUCCAUUUGUUUUCAAGAGAAUAUGA